AUGCUUUUCACCACUCUCGCUCUCGCCGCCAGCUACGGUCUAGCUGCCGCGCACGGCACUCAUGGCGGCGAUGGGCUACCGCUCCCCAACAUUAUGGCGGGAAGGCAGGCCAUGCAGGGCUUCACCUCAGCCCGUCGCCAGGUUCAGCGCCGCGCAGCCCACACUGAGCCCGUUCGUGAGGCUUCUGAAUUGGAGAAGCGUCAAUCCAAUGGACGUUGCGGUCCCGACUUUGACAACCAGGUCUGUGAUGCCGGAGACUGCUGUUCCAGCGCGGGAUGGUGCGGCCAAGGGUACCUUUACUGCUCCGCGCCGUCUUGCAUGAUCGAGUACGGCCCGGCAUGCGAUGCCAACAUCCGCCCCGACGGACCGGAUACGGAGAAUGUCGCUCGUCCCAAGAUCGGAACGGUCCCGUAUGGCCAGGCCAUCUAUCACUGUGAGGAAUACGGCGACAUCGCCCUCACGUUCGACGAUGGCCCCUACAUUUACACCGAAGAUCUCUUGAACAAGCUCAAGGUGUACAAUGCCAAGGCCACAUUCUUCAUUACGGGUAACAACCUUGGCAAGGGCAAGAUUAAUGACCCAACCACCCCAUGGCCUGCCCUCAUCAAGCGCAUGAUUGCCGAGGGCCACCAGAUUGCCAGUCACACUUGGUCCCACCAGCGACUCACAACCGUGAGCGCAGAGAAGUUUCACAACCAGAUGAUCUACAACGAGAUUGCAUUCGCCGACCUUCUGGGUUAUUUCCCAACUUACAUGAGGCCCCCUUACUCAGCCUGCGACGCCACCUGUGAAGGCUACCUGAACGACCUUGGCUACCACAUCACAUAUUUCAACCUUGACACCGAGGGCUACCUGCACGACAGCGCCAGCCUGAUAGAGACCUCCAAGGACAUCUGGGACAGCAAGGUUGAGGGGAAGUCUCCUGCGACCAACAAGUGGCUCCAGAUCGAGCAUGACCCUGUCUAUCAGACCGUCUACAACCUGACUGACUACAUGCUUGAGUCCCUCUUCCGCAACGGCUUUCGCUCCGUCACCGUCGGUGACUGCCUCAAUGACCCCCCGGAGAACUGGUACCGCUCCGUAGGGGACGCCCCGCCGUCCAGCGGCACCACUACCUCUUCCAGCACCGCUACCACCACAGUCAGUGGGUCUACUCCCACCGGUAGUUUGACCCCCUCCACAGACGGUCGCUGCGGACCCAACUUCGGCAGUACCACCUGCAUCAACGAGCCCGGCGCAACCUGCUGCUCUGCCGCCGGUUGGUGCGGAAACACUGCCGACCAUUGCGGCGCGGCAUGCCAGCCCCUCUAUGGGGACUGCCAGAUCUCGUCGGCCGAGGCCUCGACUUCGACUGUCAUCUCUGCGUCGUCUUCCACCCCUGCGACCGUUGCCACUCCUUCUGGCACAAGCUCCGCGGCCGGAGCUUCCGGCACGCCGGUAUCUCCGCCCUUGAGCACCAACGGCCGUUGCGGUAGUACCCAAGGAGGGACGACGUGCAUUCAGGAGCCCGGCGCGACGUGCUGCUCUCAGUAUGGCUGGUGCGGCGCCACAACGGACCACUGCGGUACGGGAUGCCAAACCGGGUUCGGUACCUGCGGCGCGUCCAAUUAA